GGAGGAGAUAAUCAACGAUUUGAAAAUCUCGGAGUUGAAGCAGGGCGUUCUCUGCAAAGCGUACGAAGAACUCCAUUCUCAGGCUUCUUCGAUGCUCGUGUUCAGUCUCCAAUGGAAGGACUUGGAGAACCACUUCGAGUCAACUCGCAAGUCGCUGCGAGUCGAACUCGAAAUUCUUGCGGAACGCGAGAGGCAAUUGGAGGUUCGAGAGGCGGAAUUGAAUUCGAAUCUGGAUUCGAAAGCGAAGGAAUUGGAGGGUGUUGAGAAGUUAAUCGGAGAACAGGCGAAAGUUCUGGAAUUGAAUUUGCAACAUGUUGAUUCUCUGAAAUCGUUGAUUCAGGAAAAUCGGGAAGAGCUUGAGGUUAAAGAGAAGCAAUAUGUUGUGAUUCAGAAUUCGAUUGCGGAGAAGGAGAGGGAGUUUGCGUCUACGAGGAGUUCCCUCAAAGAGGGAGAGGAGAAAUUGGAGUCCUUGGAGAAAAGGAUAAAGCAGAAAUCUAAAGAAGCUGAGUCGAAAGAGAAGGAACUCGAUUCGAUUCAGAGGACUUUGAGGGGUUACAAGGAUGAUAUCGAGUUUAAAGAUAGGAAAUUUAAUGCAAUUCGGAGGUCGCUUGAGGAACGUAAGAAGGAAUUUGAAUUGAAAGAAGGACAACUUAAAAUAUGUAGGAGUUCCAUUGAUGAAUGUGAGAAAGAGAUUAAACUGAAAGAAGAAAAUCUUAUUUCUUUACGGAAUUCAAUAGCGGAGUGCUCGAAUGAACUCGAGUUGAAACAAAAACAACUUGAUUUAGUUCAGAAAGAUCUUGGCUUAAAAGAGAAGGAAUUUGUUUCACUGAAACAAUCAGUGGACCAAUGUUCUCAACAGUUUGAGAUGAAAGAGAGGAAAUUCCAAGAUUACUUAGAAAAGCUUGAAUUGAAGGAAAAGUUUUGUGAAUCAAAAUCUGAGGAACUUGAUUCCUUCCAUAAGAAGGUUAACGAAUGCCUCAAAGAAUGUGAAUUGAAAAAGGAGAAUUUGAGUUCGCUCAAAAAAUUGGUACAAAAACGUUCCUGUGAACUGGAAGCCAAAGAGAGUCAAUUUAACAAAAAUGUCAAUGAGUUUGAAAUGAGACGGAAAGAACUCGAUUUGUCUCAAAAAUCAAAUGAGUUGAGAGAGAAAGAAUUGACUAAUAUUCUCCCUGCUCAAGUAAAGGUUGAGCAACCUGAAUAUACUCAUGCCAACAAUGCUGCAAGUUGUCAAUCCAUCACAAAGACAGGAAAGGACUUGCAGUUCCUCUUAAAUCGGCAUUUGAUGAGGCAUGAUUCGGUUUGUGGUGAAAUUUUUUCUGUUCUUCAAGCGUCGCCAGAUUCUGCAAAGUUGGUGUUAGAUGCAAUGGAGGGGUUUUAUCCUGUGCAGUCGAGUGGGCAAAAUAGUGAGUUUGAUGUGAAUAUUGUUAGGAGAAGCUGCAUUCUUUUGUUGGAGCAGUUAAUGGAAUCCUCGCCCCAGAUUAACCCUCAAGUGAGAGAAGCAGCAAUAAAGUUGGCGGGUGAUUGGAAGGCCAAGAUGACUAAGGAGAAUUAUUUGGAGUCUUUAGGUUUUUUACAGUUCUUAACUAGCUAUAAAUUGUCAUCUGCUUUCGAUGCGGAUGAGCUUCGCAGUAUUCUGGAUAUUGUUAGUCAGCAAAGACAGGGAUCAGAAUUACGCCAAGUCCUUUCAACCGCAGAUAAAGCACCCGUCACUACUAAAAUCGAGCAAGCAGAAAAUUCAUCGGCCAAUGUUGUGACAAGCUCUUCAAAUCUUCAGUUGAGCACCACGCAGAAUGACGUUAUAGCUCUACUUGAAACAUCAUGUGAUCCGGCGAAACUUGUCUUGGACCAUAUCCACGGGUAUUUUUCUCAACAUUGGAAGAGAGGAGAUGCAUCUUUUGAGGAAAAUUCCAUGAGAAAUUACAUUCUCCUGUUUGAGAAGCUAUUCAGAAUGUCUCCAAAAAUUCUUCCCAUGGUAAAAGAAGAUGCAAUGAAACUAGCAAGAGAAUGGAAAACCAAAAUGAGACCAGAAACUGAAAAUCAGUGGGAGGUUUUGGGUUUUCUGCAGUUUCUGGUCACAUAUAGACUGGUUUUUUCAUUUGGCAAAGACGAAAUUUUGAAGUUUUUGGAGACAGUUUGCCAGCACAAAGAGGCUCUGGAAUUAUGCCGCACUCUUGGUAUUGCCAGCAAGAUCCCUGAAUUUGUUCGAGAUCUUAUCCGAAAGAAGAAGCUCGUUGAUGCUGUUGCACUUAUUUGCACAUUCAAGUUAACCAAGUUCUCACCACUUACAUUAUUGACCAAGUACAUGGAGAACCUGAAGGAGUAUACCAAAACAAAUUGCAAGGGAAAGAAACCUAUCGAAGAAAGGGACAAGAUUACAGACGACGAGAUAGCAGCUCUAACGGCCGUGAUUAAAUGCAUUUUAGAUUACAACCUUGAUUCCAAAAUUUUGAUCGAUAUCUCGAAACGCCUGAAGCUGUUGGAACAGAUGAAGAGGGAUAGGAAGCGUUCGGCACAGUUGGCUCGCCCCAAGAUUGAAAAAGAACAGCAGCAGCGUACAUGGAAGAAACGAAAAAACGACACUUUUGUUCCCCAGGGUCAACCACAACAUGGCAACAAUAAGUUCCCUCGGACAUCUUCGUCAACAGUUAGACCCCACGGCCCACCCACUUUCAUCCCUGUCAUUCCACCACCACCACUAGAUUUUCCACCGAAUCCACAUGCUUUUGCUAGAGACCCUCCGCAGUUUGUUUUAGGUGGAAGCGGUAACAUCAUUAGUCCUGGUAGGGGUGUUUUCCCGAAUGCCGGAUCACACUACUAAAGUAUGAAACAUCUCUAAGCUUAAGGUGUGGCUUUUUUCUCGAGUCAAAAAUGAAAUUUCAGCUGGAUUCACACUAGUCAACAGUGCUGCUUACCAAGAGUAGUUGUAAAUGCUAAAUAGUAGUAGAUAAUUAACCCAGUUUAUUGUCUUUCUCGGUUUUUAUGACCCUGAACAUCUUAACACAAGUGACUCACUGACUGGACUAGAUACUAUUGCUGGAACAUUUUGAUAAUGUUUAACGUUAUUUACAUAUGUACAGUUUAAUUUCGUUUCCCUUGUAUUA